AUGCCGCAUUCACGUCCAGAAUCUACAUCGGAGGGUGAUGGCAACAUGAGUUUCACGAAGGCAGGGAAGGCGGUUGAACACAUCGAUGUCAGCGAGUCACACAAGGUUGAAGGACCCGCGAUGCGCUCUCGUAUGGAUGACCUGUCCAUCUGGGAGUCGGUCAAGGUAUACAAGCUGGUGACGGCCGUAGCGAUGGCCGCAGCAUUCAGUGCCUCUCUAGACGGCUACCAAAUCAGUCUCAAUGCUGGUAUCGUGUCCAACAAGGGUUUCAUUCGACAGAUGGCAGGCCCCGGCACCAAAGUCAUCCCGGGCAAAUAUGUCUCAGCCUGGGGUGGGAUCCAAUCUGCCGGGCAAACCCUUGGUCAGAUGACUCUCCGGUUUGCAACGGAUGGAUUGGGCCGCAAGCCUGCACUUCUCAUUCUUUGGGUGUUCCUCAUGGCGAGCAUCUUUGCAGAGUCUUUUGCAACCCGCUGGGACCACUGGCUUGUGGCCAAGCUUUUUUCGGGAGCUGGAGUGGGCAUGUUGCAAGCUACCGUGCCUGUGUAUCUCUCUGAGAUUGCUCCAACGCAGCUGAGGGGCUUUCUCAUCAAUGCAUACAGCUUUUGGUUCAUCAUUGGGCAACUUCUCGGAUCGGUGGCACUCAACAGUCUCAACGCAGUUGAUCCUCAUGACUUCCGGACACCGAUCUACACUCAGUGGGCGAUGAUUGGUGGUAUGCUUUUGGUGUUUCUUCUAGUUCCGGAGUCCCCUUGGUGGCUUGCCGGUAGAGAAAAGCUUGACAAAGCAUCGAAAAUCUUGUCAAGAUUCAACGGCCAUAUCGAAGGCUAUGAUGUACAAGAGGUCAUAAGUGUUAUGACUGCGACCAUCGAGACGGAGCGUGUCAUCGCGAAACGAGAUUCCCAGCAAGGGCUCUGGUCCGUUUUCCAAGGGCGUAACCUCAUCCGAUUCUUCAUUGCGGCUUGGCCCAAGAUCACCCAGCAGUUUGUUGGUUUGAGCGUCUUCAACACAUUUUCCACGUAUUUCUUCCAAGCUGCCGGCAACAAAAAUCCUUUUCUUGUCACCGUCAUUCUAUGUUGCGCCCAGAUCCUGUCGAUGAUCUUCACGGCCACACUGACCGACAAAGUUGGUCGUCGACCACUCACGGUCUAUCCUUAUGCAGUAACAGUCGUAUCUGUACUUUGCCUAGGCAUCAUUGGAUGCUUUGACUACACCUCAAAAACACUAGGCUCUCUCCUGGUCUUCUUUGCGUGUCUGGCUACGUUCUCUACUACGGGGGCAUCCGCCAUCGGAUAUGCUUAUGCUGCGGAAAUCCCUCAACAACGACUACGUGCGCAGACAGCCGGCUGGGCAUUGGCCCUUUCCAACAUGAUCGCCACCAUGUUCAGCUUCUGCACACCUCUGAUGAUCAACGGUGACGCACACUGGGGCCCUAAAACCGGAUUCUUCUUCGCUGCAGCCGGCGCCAUUGCCGUCGUCGUCGCCUGGUUUAUGCUCCCAGAAGUGACUCGGCGUACACCUGCAGAAAUUGACGAGAUGUUUGAGGACAAGGUCAAUCCUCGUAAGUUUAGAAAGCAUGUGACAAAAGUACAGAUCAAUUCGGGACAACAGAACGACAAGGAGAAUUCCGUCUAUACAGCCUAG